AUGGCGUUGCAUGACCCUGAAUCGGAGGCUGUCCUAGACGCACUUAAUAUAGCAUCUCUAUACAAUUCGCUGCGACUGUCGACUUGUUUGCAGGAUGGUGGCGAAGUUGAAACAAAAACUGAUGACUGGGCUUACGGCCAUUGCAUAUCAACACACCUAGUCGGACCAUAUAGUGCCGGAUACUAUGGAUAUCUUUGGUCGCGUGCGUAUUCCAAUUGCACGUUUUCUACAUUCACUCAGAAUCCUAUGGAUGGCGCCCUAGGAUGCAAGUACGGGCGCUGUGUUCUUGAGCACGGUGGCCGACGCGAUGAGACGGACAUGAUUGCGGAGUUUCUUGGCAAGAGACCUAAUACGGAGGACUUAUUCUAAUAUUUCCAAGUUACAUAUCGCUGAGUGGCACUAUUAGCGCUUUUAAACAUGUUAGUUUAAAAUUGAUUUCACUUGUUGAAUGUCCCUACA